AUGAACAAAAAAUAUGAUCUUGAUCAACAACAAAAGUUGAUUCUUUUCCCGAUCCAAUGGAUGUCUCAUGAAUACAAUUUUGUAGACAAAAAGCCUUGCAUGUCAAUUGAGGAGAUUGAAAAAGAGGAUGUGAAAGUUGAUUACAACAAUGCCACUGGCAGCUUUUUCAAUUUCUUUGCAUUCAAAGAAGACUUGUAUGAAUUACACUCCCACCUCUUGGAACUUCAUUCCAAAGCAUUCGAGCAAGUCUUUCCCCUGGCUAAUCUAGACCCCACCUGCUGUUUGAGUUCACCUUGCAUUAUUAUUUAUUUUUCUUUUGAAAGUCUCUAUGCAGGAGUCAUUGAAGCCAACUACAAUUCUUUUGCGGUGAGUGAGGAUGAAGAGCAUGAGGAAGACAACAAGUACAAGGAAGCCAGUGAGGAAAAGGAAGAUAGCAAGGACAAGGAAGACAGCAAGGACAAGCAAGACAACAAGGGAGACAAUGAGUACGAAGCGGACAACAAUUUAAACCAAGUUGCUGAUCUGGAGUCUGACUCUAACAAUAAAGAUGUGCCCAGAAAGAAAACCUUCAAAGUGCCCGCACACCCAGGAAUACAUACCCUUUUCUCUCUAAUCCUCUUUGGAGUUAGAAUUCUAUUUUAUCUGUUUCUCUUUGGGGUUGAAUUUUCAAUCAGUUGUUGA